CUUAAAAAAUAUUUAAGUUUUUCCCCAAGUUGUUUUCACUUUUCUACUUUCUACUUUUUCUAUUAAAAAAAAAAGAAAUAAACAAACAACUAUAAUGCCAAAGUCUAUUACACCUCCUUCUGCUACUUUCGAUUUCUCUUCUAUGGGAUUUCAAUACAGAGAUGUUAAUGGGUAUGUAAAAUAUACUUGGACUGAAGAAGCGGGCUGGAACAAAGGUACAGUCGAAACUGACCCAAUGGUAAAAGUGCAUAUGUGUGCUACAGGUCUUAAUUAUGGACAACAGUGUUUUGAAGGUAUGAAGGCUUUUCGUGAUGUUGAAGGUCGUGUACGUAUCUUCCGUCCUUAUGUGAAUGCUACAAGAAUGGUUCGUAGUGCUGAAAUGGCUUUUAUGCCUCCAGUUCCCGAAGAUCUCUUUGUUGAUGCUGUUCGUCGAUGCGUUGAGCUUAAUCUUGAGUAUGUUCCUCCUAAAGAAACAGGUGGUUCCCUUUAUAUUCGUCCCCUUCUUUUCGGUAGCGGGCCAUAUAUUGGUAUGGGAGCUGCUCCUGAGUUUACCUUUGUUGUCUUUGUUAUGCCCGUUGGUUCUUUCUAUACAGGUGGAAGUAAAUUAGGUGGGAAUUAUGCUCCUACAUUUGGUCCUAUCUUAAAAGCAAAAAAGGCCGGAUAUGCCCUUACUCUUCAUCUUGAUUCUAAAACACAUACAUAUAUUGAUGAGUUUUCUACAUCUAAUUUUGUUGCUCUUACUUAUCCAGAUGCUAAUGGAGUGCGUACCUUUGUCACACCUGAUUCUAAAUCGAUUUUGAGAUCCGUUACUCGUCUUUCACUUGAAGAUAUUGCAAAGAAGAUUGGUUGGAAAGUUGAAGAGAGGCCUGUUGCUUUCUCAGAAGUGGAAGAAGGUAAAUUUGAAGAAGUUGCUGCAUGUGGUACAGCAGCUAUCAUCACACCUGUAAAGAAAAUUGUACGUGGUAAUCAGACUAUCUUGAUUGGAAGUGGUGAACAAACAGAUAUUGGCGAAGGUUUUAAGAGACUAUAUGAUGAAUAUCGUGGCAUUCAAAGUGGUGAAAUUGAGGAUACUUUUGGUUGGAUGUGGCCUGAAGAAGGCUUAUAAAUUAUACCUAAAUUAAAUAAUAAUAGAUAUAUAAAUAAAUAUAAGAAGACAUUAUUAACAGUUUAAAUCUAAGAAGUAUGCAUAUCUUAUAUUUCACAUACAAAGUAAAUCACCUCUUUCAAAUCAUCAUUACUUCCAACAUAGAUAACAGUAAAACUAAUACACUGACAAGCUAAUAAUGAAGUAGAUAACGAAAUAGGUUCAUUAAGAAUUAUCCCUUGAUUGAUUUAUUUGAUUUCCCCUUUUGUUUAGAUUUAUAUAAGAAUAUUUAUACCUCCAGAGGAUCAUCCAUAAAAGCUAGAGUCUUUAUAAUA